CAUUGUGUUUAUUUUUAGUUCUGAGUGUGCCAUGUCACGUUGUCGCUAAUCGUCGCAUUGACGUAUUGACGACGGGAUUUUUACUGCGUAACUACGUACCGUGGAAUUUCGAGCAAUUUUCAAAGACGGGAAACAACGCAGAAAGGUUUGCUCGCUCGAGGCAAUUCGCUCGACAUAAUAAUAAUUUUCUCUCUCUCUCUCUCUCUCUCUCUCUCUCUCUCUCUCUCUCUCUCUCUCUCUCUCUCUCUCUCUCUCACUCACUCUCGCGUGCGCGUACGUUUGUGGUGACCGCCGAGUAUCUAUGCGCCGUUGAAUGAAAUUGAAAGUCAGCUGGUAAUUCCAUCAAGGAUUCGGAACCAUGAGAAAGACACGCGCCAGUAUCUUCCGCGAUAUUUACUAUCAGCCGUACGACGAUUGCACGAGGUUGAAACUCUAUUCCAGCAGCAAAGCUAGCUUACAAUUGAUGCAGCGCAUGUCAUUGCUCAAGAGAUUGAAAGUCCACAAUGGUUGUGUGAAUUCUAUUUGUUGGAACAGCAAUGGAGAAUUGAUACUGUCUGGAAGCGAUGAUCAACAUCUUGUUCUAACUAAUGCACAUAAUUAUGAGGUAUUAACGGAUUAUAAAACAAGUCACAGAGCAAAUAUUUUUAGUGCCAAAUUUUUGCCUAAUAGUGGAGAUCACCGUAUUGUUUCUUGCAGCGGAGAUGGCAUUAUUUUGUAUACAGACUUGAUGAGACGUACGGAAACGUUCCAUAAUCAAUUCACUUGUCACACCGGCACUACUUAUGAAAUAGCGACAAUACCCGGUGAGCCAUAUAGUUUUCUAAGCUGCGGAGAAGAUGGGACAGUUAGAUGGUUUGAUCUCAGAGUGAAGGAUAAAUGUAACGCUACGAGAUGUAGAGAGGAUGUACUAAUUCCGUGUCAAAGAGCUGUGACCGCUUUGUCUGUGAAUCCUGUACUGCCUCAUCAAAUAGCGAUCGGUUGUUCCGACAGCACUGUAAGAACCUUCGACAGAAGAACACUUGGUACACCGGCCACCGGUUGGACGGAUGCGGAAAAUUCAGUGCGACCGCUAUGCAGUUUCACUGUUCCAGAAUUCGAAGGCAAUUCUUAUAGGAUUACAUCAUUGAGUUAUAGCCCGGACGGACAAGACGUUCUUGUCAGCUAUAGCAGUGAUCAUCUCUACUUAUUCAGUAUCAAAGAUCAAAGCAGUUUACAGCUGCGGAAAGACGCGACAAUGGGAAAAGGAAAAGGAAAGAAACAUCCUUUAAGAUCGCCUCAACCAGUUCGUCGUUUGAGACUACGCGGUGAUUGGUCCGAUACCGGUCCCGAUGCGCGUCCGGAAAGAGAAGGAGGACGUCGUGGUGGUACAGAAAUCGCUCAGGCAAGGCCAGUAUUGCAUACGUCCUUGAUGCAGAGGAUGACGGACGUACUUAGUAGAAUGUUGAAUGACCCGGCCACACGCGCUGCUCUGAGUGGUGGAGGUGAGGAUAGUUUGGAAGGUGUCAUCGAGCAACCAGAAGGUAUCCAGAAUGUUGAGAAUAAUCCUGAACCAAAUACAGAGAGAAGUAACGAUACGGUUGAAUUGAGCGCGGACCGAAGCAAUAUUUCGGCAAUAAGUGGAAAUAUAAGCGCGCAUGUUAACACAGCCGAAAGUACAGAUAUGGGCGAAACGUUUAAUACUGAGAGACUCCAAACGAGAGAAAAUGGACAACCUCAGCAGGAAGAUUAUAACCAGUUAGCAUCAUCAAAUAUAUCCGCGGGUAUGAAUGAUAAUGUUCCUAUGGAAACUGAAUCUAGUCAAAGCGAUCAAACGCAAAUUACUUGUCUAAACUCUACAAGUAGUCAAGUAGAUAAAACUGAGCAUGAUAAUAUAUGGAAUCGAAAUAGAAAUGAGCAUGAAACCUCAUGUGGGAAUAUAACUAGCAAACAGGAGAAUAUGAUGGAGAACCUUCAGGAUAGAUUAACAACGAUGCGGGACGGUUUCCUUGAAAGACAUGGCAGUGAACCUGCUGUGAGUUUAACAUAUUCUGACAAAAGCUCAACUAGUGCCACGAUAUCACUUGGUGUUGGCGAUGAAAUGACUCGCGAUAGUUAUCAUCCAGGACCAUCUGGAAGUACCGAUGGAACUUUCGGUGCAGGUCCGAGUAGUAAUCGCAAUCAUCAUCGUUACAACGAUAAGAAAAUUAAAGAAACUGUAUACAUCGAUAGCGAUGAUGAAGAUAUCCAAUCGAUAUCGCACGAAAGGUUAUUAAAUCCAGUCGAAAAAAUGGAUGAAGCAAUUGUCAAUACUCGUUCGUCACAAGAACAUGAGACGUUCGAUGAUACCUAUCUAACAGAACUUUGCGUAAAACGAAAAUAUAUGGGACAUAGAAAUGCCAGGACCAUGAUCAAGGAAGCGAAUUUCUGGGGCAAUGAUUUCGUCAUGUCUGGCAGCGAUUGCGGUCACGUGUUUAUAUGGGAAAGAGACACAGCAAGGUUGUGUAUGCUGCUGGAAGCGGAUCAACAUGUGGUCAAUUGUUUGCAACCGCAUCCACAUCUUCCAAUGCUAGCCACUUCCGGCAUUGACUAUGACGUAAAAUUGUGGGCGCCAAUCAACGACGAACCGAACUUUGACGAAAAAUUUGCGGAAGACCUGAAAAAAAGAAAUGCAGUUAUGUUGGAAGAAACCAAAGACACAAUUACUGUACCUGCGGUUUUUAUGAUCAGAAUGCUGGCAUGCCUCAAUCAGAUACGCAGAGGUCGAGGUCGGAACAGGAGACGGAGCAGCGACGAGAGCGGCGAAUUACGAGGUGGCUGAAUCAUCUUCGUCGAUACUGCAAGUAGUAAUGAUAAUAAAAACGAAAUUCGCGUACCGAUUGCGAAACUGCUACUAUAUGAUAGUUCUUUAUUUUACCGACCAAUAAAUAUCAACAAUUAGAUCUCGUAUUAUAUACAUAAAGUCCAAUUGGAAUGAUAUUUCAGUGUAUAUAUAGAUACCAAGAAUUUAUAAGAUAUCCGAUGGCACUGCAAAUGUCAUGUAUUCAUACAUACCUCGUUCUUAUAAUAAUGCACCAAAUUUAGUCGGUAUUCGGUUCCUCGAAUACUAGAGUUUUUUUUUGCCUCUUUAUGUACCAAUCAAUAUUUAUAACAAAUUCUUUAGCGUUUUGAAAAAAAGGAAUUUCGAUCUCUGUAUAUACUUUAUAUUUAAUAUUACGUACUAGAUUAUUGAACGCGAAAUAUGUUAGUAUCUAUGAAUAUUUAUUCGAGUUGUCAUUAUCAUAUGUAUAUUUUACAAAGAGAUUAUCGAUGAAAUAAGCAGUGCAAAAUUAGUAUGCUAGUCGAAGGCUUGUAAUAAAAAGACGGUUUGUCUUCGUUUGUAUAUAUUUCCUUGUAUUAAGACUCAAAUAUGCGCGCAACGAUUGCCUGUAUGCUUAUCAUCGAUAUCAAGAAUCUUUCAAAAGGCGACAAAAAGAAUAUCGACUCGCGCAAUCGCAGAACGUUGAAAUUUGUGAUAAACUCUUAUAUCUCGUUUUCGCAUAUACACAGAUUUUAAAUAUUUAUUUCAAUUAUUACACUCACUUACGAAUAUUUUCUAAAUGUCAAGAUUAAAAUAGAAGUUGGAAAAAUUUUCAUGGAAUCAUAUUUCAUGCUUGAGAGGACAAAUCUAUAAUACUGAAUUAUAGGUUAAUGAUCAAGAGAGACGUUUUUAUUUUUUUUUUGUUGUUGCUGCAGAGGCACAAAUAUUUUGUAAAUUGUACGACUAACUUUUCACAUCCGUUCUGUAUGUUGUUUAUGAUUUACAUUUAUUAUUGAGGUUCGAGGAAUAAUACGACGAGUGGAGUGUCGGUAAUACAGUUUGAUCCCGUAGAAAAGGACAAUGCGAGAUUUUAAUGUUAUUAGGACAUGAAAAUUUUUGUCGUAAGGCGAACCAUAAUACGUGCCUUACAAAUCUUUGAGUUGAAGCAAUAAAAUAUUGAUAAUAGUAAUCGUGUCUAAUUGAAAUAUAGGCAGAUUUAUGAAAAACGUCGAAGGUUUUAAAAAUCGACUAUCGUUAAUAAUCGUGUUACAACGUCACGAUCUCGCGUAGCGUCGCUGCUUGUGCAAUUUUAGUACGAUGGUCAUAUUGGUAGAAUAUGACUAACGAUCGUUAGAUGAGCAACGUACACUUAAGAAUGAACAACAUGUCUUUACAAUUAUGUAUUAUCAAGAGGAGCUUGUUUAUAAUAAAAGUGUGAAUAAAUCCGCAGUAUAGUAACGCAGCAUUAUUAUUCUCCUCGUUAAUCCCAUCAGCGUCGAUCCUUUUCGUCUACACGCUAAAUGUCACAUAAUGAUCGAACACUACGCACUAUACACACGCAUGCACGCACGCACGCACGCACCACACAUACACACACACUCCCCCUCCUUCCUUCCUUCCUAUCGUUACGAUUUUGAUAGAGAAGUCUAAAAAUCAUAUCGUUUACAUGCGUAACCAAUGUACAAUAAAAUUAUUCUUAUCACUAAAUAUUUUUCAUCAAGAAUUAGGAUUGUCAAGUACCUCAAACAUUAAAGAAUCUUGCAAAAUUAAAUUGUUAGCAGUGGAUGCAGCAACAAUGAGACAUCGCGUAUAUAGUUCCUGGUUUCAAUAUUUCGUUAAUUAGUAAGCUUAGAAAGAGAUAUAAAAAAAAAAAAAGAAAAAAAAAAUUAGACAAAAUAAACCUACACAUUCAAUAGAAUUUAAUAACAAAAUAUAAAUGCCGCAUUGUAAUAGAAUUAAUCGUAUAGCAAACAGUAAUAGUAUGAUCGUAAUAUUCAUGCUAUAGAAUAACAUUAUAAGAAUUGUAAAUAUAUCCAAACGACAUGUUGUAAUGAAUGUAGUAAAAAUGAAUACAUCGCAACAUUUAUCGCAUAUUCUGAAUGAUCAAGGAAUACCUAAUCAUUCGACUAUUUUGUAUUUAUCUAAGAGCUCGAUAAAGCUCUAUUAUCGACGAUCUUGGAUCUUCUUUAGUGCCCAAUAAACCGUUUUUGUUUAAGUUUUAUCAAACAUAUCAAGUAUUAUCAGAAUUUUCGUUGAAUAUAAAUCUUUUUUCGUAAUUGUUAUCCAUAAUGUAUCUAAACCUUUUUAAAUAGAAUACACAAUUUUACUUAAUGAAUGAAUCAUAUUAUCAAUGUUUACAGUGUCAAUCACUGAUAAGUGAAGAAAACUGACAAUCGGUAUGCGAUUGAGAUUAAGAGUUAUAUCUCGAGUAAUGCGUGUAACCGAUCUUAUUCGUAAAACUUAUCGCUAAGACUAAGGAUUUCUACAAAUCUCAAAUAUAAGCAAAUUUUUAAAUUUAAUGAUUAAUUGAAAGCAAAUGUAGCAUUUAGCACAAAGCAAAGUUGCAUUUGGUCAAUUGAUGAAUUAAAAAAACUCGCCUAUAUACAACGGUCGAUGAUAUUAAUAAAAUAUACGAUGAUAUUAAGAAAAUAAUCUAAUAAUCUACAAAAGAAUAUACAAGUAUUCGAUAUUUUCAUUAAAAAUAAGACAGUCUCGAUAAUACGGAGUUGGAAUAUUUACCGACCCAAGGAAAUCGAAACAGAUUCAAAUCUGAAGAACAAUUGACGCGUACUAGUAGUUAAAGAUAAGUUCAUGGAUGAUAGAAUAUUCGAUUGUAAUUUCAAUUCCUAGUCUGAAAAAAGAGAAAAAAGAAUAAGAAAUAAUAAAUUGAGAGAAUUAUUGAUGUGCACGCGUGGAAUAUGCAUGGAUCAAUUGUGGGGCGCGGUUCUGUGUCUGUGUUCUGAGUACGUGUAUUUCUCGUUUUUAUUUCUCUCAACGUUAGGACAAAAUUGUAAUCGAUCGCUUAUCCAUUCAUUCGUAGUUUAUCGAAUAAUGUCUGUAAUAAUGAAGUUUAUCGAUUAUACACUAAAUGUAUUGAGAGAGAAAAGGGAAGAGAGAGAGAGAGAAAGAGAAAGAGAGAGAGAGAGAGAGAGAGAGAGAAGAGGGGGGAGCAAGAGAAUCAAUAAUCUUUGGUAUAAUCCGACGUUUCGUUUGUAUUCGCAAGCUGAGUCUUUUUUCUACAAUAAAUAAAUUAUACUAAAAAAGAGAAUAAAAAAGAAUGAAGCCUUAUGGAAUUGAAUAUAAAAAUUCUCAUUUUAAAAGACCAUAUAAGUUUUUGAAAAGUUAAACUUUUCGAUUCAAACAAUUAUUGUAGGAUUGCGUUUUGUUCAAUCGCUUUGCGGCAGAUAAUUGUCUCUAAACACGGAAACAAUCGCGAUACAAUUGAGAAAGGUUAGUUGAGAGUACAAGUACUCGUUUUCUUUUUAUUUCAUUUUAAUACAAGGUUUGAAUUUAAAUCGAGUAAAUGGGGAUCAAGUGCGUUGUAAAUUCCAACUUUUUACCAGAACACUAUUCGAAAGAUUACAGCGUUUGAUUAUUACCAAAGAAGGAUUAUUUAAUUACAAAUGUAUAUGUAACUAUAAUAAUUAUAACUAAAAUUACGUAAAAAAUUCUAUUGUUUUAAACUGUACAUAGUUAAAUAAUCAAAAGAAUUACAAAGUAAAAAGUAAUACAGAAACAUCGUAAUGGGCACUUUACUUUGUUUCGCGAUUUUCGUAACUAUAUACGUAACUGUAUGCGUAACUAUUUCCAAUUUACAUUUAGUUUGCUCAAUUCAAUCGAGUAGUGCAAAACUGAAUGGCUAAGAUGAAUCUAAUAAUCACACCACAUCUAGAUUUCGAUUAAUUAUUUCUUAGACUAGGUAAAAGAUAAAAUUUCUGAACGUGAUGUUCGUACAAUUGGAAAUAUAAUCUCGCAAUUGCACUGUCAUCGGAGACAGUGCAAAUUCUCACGUUCUCUCUAUUCCCUUUCUUUCCUCUUCCUCUCCCUUUCUUUCAAAGUGGAUAAAAUACUAUUUCAGAAUGUGUAUUCUUCUCGCGCGUUUGGAUUCUAUAUAAAAUCUCGUCAUUUCCAUCCCACACCUUGUUUCUCUUCUCUCUUAUUUCUUUAAUAUAACGUAACGUUAUAGAAAAGUCUUCAUAUCGGACGUGUUAUGGUGUUUCUUUUUUUUGUGAGAAAGAUUAACGGAAAAUAGCGUAUUUUUAAUUACAAUCAUCAGGUGACAAGUUUUUAGGCGAAAUAAUAUUUUUGCCGCUUUCAUUACUACACGCCUCGUGUUUAUCCCUAUCUCAGAUAGAAAUAUAAAUAUCUGGAUGGGAUCGCCAUUGUCCGCCAUUACAAAUAUCGCACGCCAAACACGUGCGCGGAUCACUAAUGUAUAAGUAUGUACGUAUACAUAAAGAUGUAACAAAUGCGCAUAUGUAUAUGUGUAUACAUCAUGUACACGCAUAUGUGAUAGAAUAAUAAUAAUAAUAACAAUAACACUGACAUGAUAAUUAGUGAUGAUAGUAAUGAUAAUAACAGUGAAUAAUAAUGUUGAUAUUAUAAUCAGAAUAAUGAUUGCAAUUGUUUACAUUAUUCGCGAAAGAAACGUGACUUUUAGACUUUUUGAGGAAUAUUCGGACUACGCAUCAGACAUUCGAUCGUUCGGAACUAAACGUCAAGUAUUAUUCCGCCAAAAUGUUUUAUGAAAAAAAAAAAAAAAA